AUGCAGUCUGCUGCCCAAGCUGUCGGAGAAGUACUUCAAUCUCCUGAUGAUCUUCUAAAAAUCGCUGCGUUUCGAAAUAAAUUAGAGAAAGAAAAGGCGUCCAUAGAUGCAAAACUCAAGAGUGGUGUGCGGGAACAGCUUGCUGCCACCGCGGAUGGGAUACAAAAGCUUCACCAUACGCGCAAUACCUUACAAGGAAUCAAGGAUGAGAUGAGUAGUAUUAAUAGGAAGUGCAGUGAUCCCCGUAACGAGGUCCCAACGUUCGACCAAAUUAGUAGGGUAUCUGUAGUGCAUCGAAACUUCUCGCAGACCGAGGAAAUGGUUAACAACCUCCUAAGCAUGCACGCGAAGAUUGAUCUCGUCGAGGAAAUGCUCAUGGUUGAUCGUCAAGACAUCCUUGGUCCUGCUCCAAACCUACUGGCGGUACAUUAUCAACUCAAUCAACUCGAGGCAUUCCGAAAUCAAACCACACACCAAGCUAAAUCUGCAGAUGCAGAUGCAAGGAAGACCCUUGGUCGCCAUUUCGAGCGAUUGAAUAGGCUAUCCAAAGCGUUUGACGAGUACAUUUUUGAGCUGGGUUCGAACGUUCUCCCAAUUGUACGAAACCGGAAUCCUGGGGUUAUCGUUCGUCUCAUUAAGAUAUGCGAAAUUGAAGGUCGAGAGGACGAAAAGGCAAUUGCAAUCAAACUAGUAAAGAAAGCAGCAAAUCUCGAUGCUGCUUCCAAGUUCAAAUCCAUGCUAGCGAAUGCCCGUGUUUUCAAACACUACCGUUCCGAAGUGAUGAAACGCAUCCGGCAGUCCAUUCAACAAGGUUUUGCGGAGAAGCAACAAGCAGAACAAGGAGAUACUAUCGCAUAUAUCGACGCUCUCUCCAAUUGGAUGUUAGUCGAUUUGAUUCAAGUGUUCGAUGAAGUUGUCCCGUGUUUCCCCCAAGACUAUGAAAUUUGGGCACUUUUUGUCAAGAACUACCACAAAUUCUUGGAUGAAUCGAUACAGGCAAUUGUCGCGUCGAACCCUGAAGCCAGCGUUAUCCUUCGACUCUAUGCAUUUGUCAAAAGGGAGUACAAGCAGCACCUCAAGAAACUCCAAGCUGAAUUAGAAAUUGAGAUACCUCCGGAAUGGCUCCAACCUCCCCUUCUUGGCGGCAAGGAACAGGAGCUUAUUGAUGACUACGUUAAACUCAUCGUCUCACGCUUGGAUACCCUCACCACGAAUCUGAUGACCUCUGAAAUCGAGGAAUUCACUCGCCGCGAGCAACCACCAGAGAUUGAUCCAGAAGGAUUGUACGGUAUGAAAGGGCCUGUCGACUUCUUCCAGAUGGUUAAUCAAUAUACCGACGCUGCUGUGGAGAGUGGGCAGGGGGCAGUACUAGCCAGUGUCGUCGGCGAGUCUGCUCGCGUGAUGACCGGACUCCAGGCACAAUGGACAAAACUUCUUGAAUCGGAGCAUCGGCGCCUCGUCGAAAAGCCAGAAGAAGCUCCGGGAGGGUUUGCCGAAUAUGUGAUUGCCCUUGCAAACGACCAAAUCAAGUCUGCAAACUACGCAGAAACCCUUUCAACCCGCCUUGAGGAGCGAGUAUCCGAGAAGUACGCCAAGAUGAUAGCCGAGAAACUUGACGACGCGAUCAAUGGGUAUCUUGAUGUUGCAAAAAAAUGCACCCAAGUACUCAUUGAGCUCAUUUUCAACGACCUCAAGCCGGCCACCAAAAAACUCUUUGCAGCCCCCGAUUGGUAUGAGGGCGUUAUGUCACAAAUACUUCUCACUAUUCGCGACUAUACAGACGACUACCAAAACUAUCUCAACCCUUCCAUUUUCGAAAUCCUCGUAGAGGAUCUUAUCGAUACGUUCUUGUCAACCUACCUCACCGCCCUUCGCCGAACAACGAAGUUGCGUAUGCCAGCAGCAGGAGACAGGUUACGAGAAGAUAUAGCUGAUGCAUUUGACUUGUUCAAGACGUACAAAUCUUCGCAAGAGCUCGAUGCAAACUUCGAUGUCAUGGACCAAGUACUUUCGUUACUGACUGCAUCACAGGGGAUGGUUUUCCUAUCUUUUUGGCCAUUUGCGCAACAACAUGGUCCAAACCUGGCUUUCGUCGAGGCACUGAUGAAAGCUCGUGAUGACCUAGAUCGCUCGGCGGUCUCAGAGAUCAUGGAAAGCUGUCGUCGCAAAGUGAAGGACGAACAACUCACAGACCCGUCGCUCAUGUUUGCCCUCUCUCCAGCCGAGAAACCCACCAUUAUGAAAAAGGUGGCCGCGCAAUCAGUACUGGCCAUGUUCCUCCAACGAUAA